AUGAUGGAUGCUGUGGGCGGUGUAGUACUCGACCAUGCUGACACGACUCGGAGCGAAAGGCGUGUGAUAGAAGAGAGCAUAGGGCGUGGAGGAAUCAGCGCUGUCCGAGCGGGCUCGGCUGCUAUGUUCAGUGCAUCAUCCUCCGUUCGUAGCGACACAACGAAAACUACCAAGACUGGCAGCGAGAGAAAGCGGCGAUGGGCGGUCUGUGCGGCGAAGGUGAAAGCAGGGGUGCUGAGAGCGAACACGUUCGUCACCAGUAGUGACAGCGAGAGCUGCAGCGGUAGCAGCGAGAGCGAACACGAACGUGAAGGUGACAUCGACAAAGGGUCCGACUCAGGGGUUCAAGAUUGUGGGUCCCGCCCUCAUUCUCUUAAGAGGGCUCCUUCUAUGUCAUUUCCCUGCACACUUGACCUCGCCGCACAAGUACAAGCUCGAGAGAUGCCCGACUCAGGAGCUGAACCGAGUGUCGUGUGCCCUAGACCAUGUGGUGAUGCGGUGACGAUUCUCAACGGCGCUACCAGCACAGAGGGCGGGAGAGUUAUCAUCGUUCGAGACCGCCCCGACCAAGCCGCCCGAGAUGACGUGGAGGCUGACACGGACGUAGCGGCUGAAGCCGAUUCGGGCGCCAAUAUUGGUGGUGGUGCUGCAGAUACACCGGUGUGUUCGCCGCCUGAUGCGACCGUGGACGCGCUCGUCGAUCCGCUCUCGCUUGCCCGGGAGGCCGGGGAAGGAGAGGGUGCGGGGGAGGAAGAAGAUUACGCGUUGUGGGAGCUGUCUUCCUCAAGCGAGGAGAACAACGCGCUCUCACCGACACGGCCGAGAUCGACGUCGAGAUCGAGGGUGAGGCGGAGAGAUGGCGGCCGAGAGAAUGGACACGGACACGAUAAGUCCCCCCCGCGCGCAAUUUCGUCGGCCCAACAAGUGCUUCCGGAGUCGCCGGGGUCGUAUGUCGCGCGCAUGAGCCGAAUCUUGGCUCACGUGCGGCAGACCACGAGCCCAAGCGCGUCUGCGACCAAUAGCCCGGCUCCCGACAGCGGGAGAAAGGUAUUCGGCCGCCCCUUGGGAGGUUCCUCUUCCGGCAGCAACGAAAUUGCUGUCGGGGGCGAAACUACUGUCGGCGGCGAGACUGUCGCUCCGGUCGAGGACUGCUUGGAAGAUUCCGAGAUGGUUGAGCAACAACAGCCCGGCAUUAGCGCUGUCGAUAGGACGGAAACAUCACCGUCGGAGGGGCUGGGUAUCGAGCACCGGCGCUUGGGAGGGGCCGUGGGGAUAAAUCAGAAGCCAACGGCUCCGGAUCAGAAGCGAUGGCAAGGCGGGAGGGUGUUGGAGGGGGCAAAACUUGGUGAGGAACAUCGUGGACUCGUCUACCACGAACAGCAGCCGGAGAACCGCGGCGAUCUGGAGGUCAUGAUUGCGGCAGUCUCGGCAAUGGUCGGGAUGACCGUGCCCAAGCAAUACCAGUGGAUCCUAUGGAUCGGGUGCUGCGCGAUUACGGUGUGGUUCCCGUUGCGGCGACAUUUCCGGUGGCGGUUGCGGCGGGGGCCGGAUGCUUCGGCGUGGCAGCAGCCGUCGCGGGAAGUCCUCAUUGAUGCCGGUGACGGUCUAGACCCACCUCCGCCGUACGACGAUAUCGAUAUCGAUGUCCAUGUCGAUGGUGUGGACGUUGGUGGCACGGGAGUUCUCCCGACGGCAGGUGGACCACCAGCACCUUCCCACGAAAAUAUAGACGGUAGAACUGGAACACCGAUGUUCCGUGGCGACUCAGAGAAAAGUAUGGAGGCGGGGGAGGGUGUAGGUGAAAGCAGCGGUGUCUUGGGCGGGGGGGAAAAGCCCGAGGAAGAGCUCGAGGAACGGUACCAGCAACUGCUGGCAGGCCUGUCGAAGAAAGAGCUAGAGUUUGUCGAAUCGGCUGGAGAUGAGGAGAAAACAAGGCUGCUACAGCAGUGCUUGGAGUACGCGAACUACGACAUGGCAGGGGCUGUCAAGGUGUGUAGCACUUUCUGCAAGUUUAGACUCCAGGAGGGUUGGGACCUGGUGCUCUCUGCUCGAGAGCUGGAAACUCCUCUCCGAAGCAGGGUGCACACUUUGACGACGAACAGAGAUAGGACUGGGCGAGGGGUGCUGACGUUCUCUCCGGGUAAAUUGGACAUGGACAAGGCCCCGCCGGCCGCUUACCACAAGAUGCUCUGCUACGUCUUGCAAGAGGUUAUUAAGGAUAAAGAGCUGCAGACAAAGGGUCUCGUUCUUCUUGUCGACGCAAGGGGCGUGGGCUUCGGACUACUGAGGCGCUUUACUCUGGUGGACUACAAGAGGGGACUGCGCAUGCUAGGCGGGGCCUUUCCAGCGAAGGUCAAAGCUAUUCGCAUCCUGCACCUCAACCGAGUCAUCCGCUUCGCUCUCUCCAUCGCCAUGCCGCUUCUCUCGGCAAAGAUGAGGGCCAGGCAAUGUAAGGUGGAGUUCGUCACCGACGAAAGGGCCAGCGAUGGGAGCUUCACUAAGGAGCUGGCAGACCCGUCCUCAAUACCGGUGGAGCUGGGCAUCAAAGGGACCUGGACCGGAUCCCAUGACUUUUGGGAUGAGUGGGUUGGACGGAGGGUUGCUGAGCAUGAGUCCGAACGGUAGUGUUUUCAUGAGGGUUAGUUAAUGUGGCAUCUUGGGCCUAUUUCUAAAUUUGCAAAUUUCGCGUCGUUUAUGUUCAGGGCUCGUUAGGGCGACGUUAGACUUGGCGCUAUGUCCGCUGUGCCUCGCGGUCCUUUUCAGAGAACCUGCUCUGGCGCCUUCAAGAGACCACUGUAUUUUGGAGGAAUCAGUAGAUUUUGGAAGUGAAGUACGGGACGGGCAUGGAAUGGUCAAGUGCAAGUGCUGAGACUCAACAGACCUCCGGUUCUAAACAAAUGGUGGCCAGUUCUCAAACCAGCUGGGUGUGAUGUUGGAGCAGUGCGACAUGUCAGAUAUGUGCAGAGUAACUGAAUCGGGGUCGACAUGCGCUUGAGGGAGGUGACAGGUGCUCGGGGGUAUUCCUGUUUAACAAAAUCAUGCUUUGACGUGUUUUGAACGCUGAAUGCGUUCACACGAUAGUUUUGCUGCCCCAUGAGUGCUUCGGGUCACUCCCUACCCCCCCCUCGCGUGCUCGGGAAGAAAAAACGAUCUUGUGUUCUGUUAGGCUUGCUCUUUGUUUCUCCUAGUGUAUGUGCGGCAUUGCCUCCGCGAUAUAUCGCGGGUUGUGUAUUUUCGUUUUGUGUACUGUCGCGUUCCAGUUAAUAGUUGCCGAGAAUCUAAAAACAUCAUGUACAAUAGCCAAAUGCUGCGCGUACUUGGGAUUGUUCAACAUUGCCAGAACUGCACCGAUUGUUGUGAGGUGGUGCUGUCAACGUGAUUGUAGUGUGUCCUGUUGCAUGUAGGAAAUUCUGAUUCUAAUCUUUUCGCCUGAAUUCUCGCCUUUGCGUCCUGUUCCUUUUUCACUUACCGCUUUGAGUGUGUUAUUUUCCGUUCAUCUGAGCCCCUCCCCAGCUCGAAUUUCGAGGUCUCGAUCAGACUACGAACACGUAGGCAAGUGCACUGUCCGAGGAUGAGAAGUGCAUCACGCUAUCGCGGCGACAUGAAGCGGCGUCAUUCAAGAUCAACUAGUAAGUGAAUGUUUGGGCGCUUGCAC